AUGGAGAAGCAGACUGCCGAGGAGCGCAAGAGGCAGUGGCAGUGGCAGGCUGCCAACGGCGCCCGCGACACCUUCAACAAGUCUUGCCUCGAGGCCACGUGCUGGCCUUGCGGCGCCUACUCCCGCACCUCUUCUCGCCUCCGCUCCGCCCUCUCGGGUCAGGACGCGGAGAGAAUCCCCGACCAGGGCUUCUGCAAUCCCGAGUGUACCCAGUUUGCCAUUUGCCUGCCCUUCUACGGCUGUUUUCUUGCCCGCCUCCAAACGACAGUCCGCUCCUUCUACGCCAUUGAUGGUGGCGAUGUCUCUGACUGGUACGACGGUUGCUGCUGUCCGUGCCUGACCCUGGUGCGCGACGAGCAAGAGAUUCUCUUGCGAGAGAAGCAGCACUCCCGCCUCAAGGAAUUGCACGACCCCGGCUCCUCGGUCCGGAGCCAGUACCAGCCGCAGGCACCCAUGUCUUGGGGCGGUUCGGGAUACCGGUCCUCGCCGCUCUCGGGUCGGCAAGACCAGGGUCUCAAGGGCCGCAAAGUCGCCGCUCCAGGCACCAAGGACAAGGCCGAGCCACCCGCCUCGCAGACGGGCCGAGUUGUCCCUCUCGUCCAGUCAAGCGCUGCCAGCCUGCAGAGCAGGGUGGAUGAAGCCAGCCCGCAGAAGCCCGUGCCCAUCGCCGCGGCACUUGUUGGGCGACACUCGCUCACGCACGACCAGCUCGUCGCCCUCAGCCUCCCAGACAUGGCCCACGACCUCAGGCCGCUUCCUCUAACCCAGAAAGAGCCCAAGCCAGGCAAGCACGUGCUGGAGCGUGAUGCGCUCGCCCCCACCGGCACAUCUGGACUGGCUGUGCACCACCUGGACAGCGACCCCGCGGCGGCGCAACAACCGCCCGCCUCCCAGCACAAACUGACUGACGAUCAGGCCGUCAAGGCGGACACCGCGAGCCAUUCUCAUGCACUCAAGAAUGACGCGGCGUUCGCGACCAAGGAAGCUGGACGGGAACACCCUCUCGAGACGGACCCGGCAGUCAGCACGCCUGGACGCGAAGACCCGCACGUCCUCGAGGACGACGCCACCACGGCUGCUGCCAGCAGCGGCAGUGCCGGCCAUGGGCUCGACCACGAUGUCAAGGAGGAUUUGGCCAGCCCGGACACAAAGCAUGGCCUGCGAUCGGACAAGGAGGUGAAGACGAAACUGCCCUUGAGGAAGCCGCAGGCGUCGGGGGGCCAGUGA